AAAAACUCUUCAAAACCCAAAAUAAUUUCUCUCUCUAUUUUACGACCGACCCUAGAAAGAGAUCCGACCGGUGGCCGGUGGGAAGAUAUAGACGGCGGCGGUGGCGGUUACCGGUGAGUUUUGAGUGAAGAAUGAAGCCUUCUUGGAAUGGUUUGGGAAUGGUGGAAACUAUAUAUGAGGAUGAAGAUUUAGAAAACGAUGUCGUUUCAACAUCUUCUACUCUUUCUGUCUCUCCGAGUCCAUCUGAUUCUAGAGUAGUAGAGCCAAGGUUAUUGAUUGAUAGGGAAGCAGAUGUGUUGGUACAUGUUGAAGAUUCGCAUUUCUAUUUGCAUAAGGAUAUCUUAAUAUCUAAGAGUGGUUAUUUUAAUCGUCAACUAAAAGGAUCUUCUGAAAUCACCAUUUCUCCUCCCCUAAAGAUAAAAGCAGACACUUUUACUCUCAUAACAGACUUUUGUUACGGUUCAAGAAUUGUCAUCACGCCAUUUAACGUUGUUGACAUAAUAGUAGCGGCUGAGCAGUUGGAACUAACAUCGGUCGACGACGAUGAAGACCUUCUCGAAAAGGCCGACACCUAUUUUCGCCAAUUUGCCUCGUUAUCCGAUGAUUACGCUUCGGUCGUUUUUCGCUCAUGUUUGUCAUUGCUACCCGAAUCUGAAAUUACGUCAUUUCUCGUAAGUAGAUGCAUACACGCCUUGAGUUUGACUACGAAUAUGGACCAUGUUUUACGUUGUAUCGACGAGAUAAAGACCGUGAAAACGGAACAAUUUGAAUUAAUUGUUGAGGCAUUGCAUCAUCGGCUAAUGGAUCAUGACCUUAUCUAUAGAAUUAUUGAUUUACAUCUCCAGGUAAAUGGGGAGAAGUUAACGGAGGAGAAAAAAACCCGGCUAUGUAACUUCAUAGACUGCGGUUCACUUUCGCCGGCGGCAAUCAUGAACGCCGUCCAAAACCCUAGAAUGCCUCUCCGAUUCAUGGUCCAAGCCAUGUUCAUAGAACAACUCAACACUCGUCGAGCACUCUGCUCGGCCGCAAAAGCCCACCCAAAUCCGAUCCCCAUUGCCAAUACCAGUAAAGUGAUCACAUUAGGGUCAAUUCUCCGGCAAGAUGCUUCAAACCGUCAAGUGGGUCAGCUGAGGGAAGCAAUGGAUGUCACAAGUUCCCGAAUUCAAAGCCUGGAAGAAGAACUGGGUUGUCUAAAAGAGGUUCUUAGGGAAUCAGAGAAUCGAAAUCGUGGGUCUGUGAGUUUUAGGAUGAUUCGACCGGAGAGUAAGAUUGAUAGAGGAUCGGUUUCAUCAACUGAGUUCAGGGGAUUUCCUAGGAGAGGUAAAAUUGUUGAGAUUUCGAACGAAUCAUCAGAUGGGUCGAAUCAGUUUGGCGAUUCUUCGACGAGUCAGAAACAGGGGAUGAUGAAUUUUAGGAAGAAAUUGAUGAUGAGAUUGAAGAAUGCGUUUCGAAGAGGAUCUAGCUCAGGAACAGAGACGAAAAUGGAUAAGAAGAGAGGAGAUGAAGAAUUUGACGGCACCGGCGGCGGCGGCGUCGGAGAAGUUUUUAUGAUAAAGAAGAAAGAGAUAACCAGUCGCCGGCGGUGAUCUCACUUUCCGGUUAAAAGCUUUACUUUGUCUUUCUUAUUAAUUAAUGAAAUGUAGAUCUGAUUCUUCUUUGAAAGUCUUCAAUAUUGAUGAGAAUUUAGAGAUUCAAUGCAAUUAGAAUUAUUAGUGUUAUUUAAGUUACCACAAUUAAAUUGUUUAUUUUUGAAAAAUAUUAAUAUUUAAAUUUAGAUAAAUUGAUGUUAAAAUC